GUCUCAGUUGACAGUACAAUGCUUCUUACCACAGAAUGGACCAGAAAUUUACUAAAAUAAUUGAAUUUUCUUUGUUAGAUCAAGAAAUGUCCAGUGAUGCCUUUUGUCUGUAGAUUUUUGAAUAGAAUAAUGUAUGUGAUUACAGAGUAGAUCUAGUUGAAAUAUCUAAAUUCAAAAUGGGUCAACAUCUGAGUGAGGAGAGUGAUCCUGACAAAGAAAUAGAUGUUGCAGAGCUGCAAGAGUGGUACAAAAAGUUUGUGGUUGAAUGUCCGAGUGGGACUUUAUUCAUGCACGAAUUCAAGAGCUUCUUUGGAGUUACGCAGAACCAGGCAGCGGCUAACUAUAUCGAGAACAUGUUCAGAGCUUUUGACAAGAAUGGAGACAACACCAUAGACUUUCUGGAGUAUGUAGCAGCUUUAAACCUAGUGCUAAGAGGCAAACUGGAACAUAAGCUCAAAUGGACGUUCAAAAUGUAUGAUAAAGAUGGGAGUGGGUGCAUUGACAAAACUGAGCUCCUGGAAAUUGUGGAGUCCAUAUAUCGACUGAAGAAAGCCUGUCAUGGAGAGCUGGAUGAGGAGUGCAAUCUUCUGACCCCAGACCAAGUGGUGGACCGAAUAUUUGAGCUGGUGGAUGAAAAUGGAGAUGGUGAGCUGUCCCUGGAUGAGUUCAUAGACGGGGCACGGAGGGAUAAGUGGGUGAUGAAGAUGUUGCAGAUGGACGUGAACCCAGGGGACUGGCUAGGAGGAGAGCAGAGAAGCAGCACCGAUUUCUGA